GAGUCCAUUAUCACAUUUGCAAACGAUAGAGAAAUAAAUCACACAGUCAUGCCCGCUGAAAUCCCACUCACAGCAGCAGCUUCAACUGCUCAUACUACGCAUUCCGAGACACCCAUUCAAAGAAACCUCAUUGAAUCCAACAAAAUCUACGCCACAAAUUUCACCCAAGGUGAUCUCGCCCUUCCACCCGCCAAGAAAUAUGCCGUUGUAACAUGUAUGGACGCGCGUAUCGACCCUUCUGCGGCCUUCGGCAUCGCCCUCGGCGACGCCCAUGUAAUCCGCAACGCGGGAGGUUCAGCACGCGAUGCCUUACGCUCGCUUGUUAUCUCCCAGCAAUUGCUGGGGACAAAUGAGAUUUUGCUGGUUAAGCAUACGGGAUGUGGAAUGCUCACGUUUGGGAAUGAGGACGCGGUUAAGCUUGUGGGGGAGAGGUUGGGGGAGGAGGCGAAAAGGGAGUUGGAUGUUUUUGGGGGCGAGUUUUUGCCGUUUGCGGAUUUGGAGGGGGAGGUUAGGAGGGAUGUAGAGUGGUUGAGGGGGGUGGAGGUUAUUCCUGAGAAGGUGGGGGUUAGUGGGUGGGUUUAUGAGGUGGAGAGUGGGAAGGUGAGGAGAGUGGUUUAGGGGUUUGCAAGGUGGAUUACUCGAGGAUUGUGUUUUGUUUAUUUUGAGUAUCGAGUAUUCCUUCCUAAUGUUACAGGUAUUCUACAGUAAUCGAAGACAGACAAGACAGACACUAGUGUUGUGAUGUUGUUCGUCACUUCGUUUGUUUCAAGAGGAAUUACACUUCUAUUUCGCUGGCGAUCUUGCUUUCAACCCUCCAAGUUUCGUCAGAUGUUUAUUGUUCCGCACCCGCAUUUACACUUCGAAUGUUUGGGAAGGAAAUUAUCAAUGUCUGCCGUUUAUCCCUUCUUUCAGUCUUAUCAUUCGAUCUCCUCCUGUCUUAUCAUACGUCCCUCUAAUCUGUGAAUGUGAAAUCAAAAUUUGAUCACA